AUGCCUAAGAAAAUCCUUCUCAUCCACGGCCCAAACCUCAAUUUGCUGGGUACCCGUGAGCCAGCGAAGUACGGUACCACGACAUUGGCACAGAUUGAGGCCAACGCUGAGAAACUGGUGAUGUCCCAGCACCCACAGAACAAGUUCUACGCCUAUCAAUCCAAUGGUGAAGGUGCCUUGAUUGACCGUAUCCACGAGGCCAAGGCACAAGGGGUUGACUUUAUUGUCAUCAAUGCAGGUGCAUACACACAUACCAGCGUCGCAUUGAGAGAUGCUCUUCUCGGUGUCGAAAUCCCAUUUGUUGAACUCCAUAUCACAAAUGUCCAUGCGAGAGAAUCUUUCAGACAUUUGUCCUAUUUAAGUGACGUUGCCGUUGGUGUUAUUUGUGGACUCGGCCCAGUCUACGGCUACAAAGCUGCCGUUGACUUUGCCCUGAACUAUGAAAAAUGA